GAAGCAGCAGUGGGAUGUUGGCUCCACAUCUCUGCGAGAGCAGCAUCGCUGCCUUGCUGAACCUUCUCUUCCUCCUGCUGGGGUUUCCCCACCAGGAUCAGGGAUCUCCGGGGAAGGUUGCUGAGGGUGGGCUGCCAUGGCUUCAGUGUUUCCCACUGGGUGACAUUCAUGUGCCAGUUGCUCCAAAAUCCUGGGGACACAGCUGAUCCUGACGCAUGCAGGCGACUGAAGACAGAAUUUUCCAGACUUUACUUCACUUUGGGGUCUGCAGCCAAAGGCAGAGCCACCAUGACCACCCCAAGUGGCCUUGCUGAUUUCUCCAACCAAGUGAAUUCCACAUCCCUGAACUCCCCCACGAGCCGGGGGCCCAUGGCCACCCCGUCCUUGCACCCGUCCAUCGGGCCGGGCAUCGGCUCCUCGCUGGGCUCGCCGGGCCAGCUGCACUCGCCCAUCAGCACCCUGAGCUCGCCCAUCAAUGGCAUGGGCCCCCCGUUCUCCGUCAUCAGCUCCCCCAUGGGCCCACACUCGAUGUCUGUCCCCUCCACGCCCAGCCUGGGAUUCGGCACCAGCAGCCCACAGCUCAACUCGCCCAUGAACUCCGUCACCAGCACAGAAGACAUCAAGCCACCCCUGGGGCUCAAUGGAGUCCUCAAAGUGCCAGCACAUCCCUCAGGAACGAUGGCCUCCUUCACCAAGCACAUAUGUGCCAUCUGCGGGGACAGAUCUUCGGGUAAACAUUACGGAGUUUACAGCUGUGAGGGCUGCAAAGGCUUCUUCAAGCGCACGGUGCGGAAGGACCUGACCUACACGUGCCGGGACAACAAGGACUGCCUGAUCGACAAGCGCCAGCGCAACCGCUGCCAGUACUGCCGCUACCAGAAGUGUCUGGCCAUGGGCAUGAAGAGAGAAGCCGUGCAGGAGGAGAGGCAGCGGGGGAAGGACCGCAACGAGAACGAGGUGGAGUCCACGAGCAGCGCCAACGAGGACAUGCCCGUGGAGAAGAUCCUGGAGGCUGAGCUCGCCGUGGAGCCAAAGACGGAGACGUACAUCGAGGCAAACAUGGGCCUGACCCCCAGCUCGCCCAAUGACCCGGUGACAAACAUCUGCCAGGCAGCAGACAAACAGCUCUUCACCCUGGUGGAGUGGGCCAAGAGGAUCCCCCACUUCUCCGAGCUGCCCCUGGAUGACCAGGUCAUCUUGCUCAGAGCAGGGUGGAACGAGCUCCUAAUUGCCUCCUUCUCCCACCGCUCCAUAGCCGUGAAGGACGGGAUCCUGCUGGCCACGGGGCUGCACGUGCACCGGAACAGCGCGCACAGCGCCGGCGUCGGGGCCAUCUUCGACAGAGUACUGACAGAACUGGUGUCCAAAAUGCGGGACAUGCUGAUGGACAAGACAGAGCUGGGCUGCCUGCGAGCCAUCGUCCUCUUCAACCCCGACUCCAAGGGCCUGUCGAACCCGGCGGAGGUGGAGGCGCUGCGGGAGAAGGUGUACGCGUCGCUAGAGGCUUACUGCAAACACAAAUACCCCGACCAGCCCGGCAGGUUUGCCAAGCUCCUGCUCCGCCUCCCAGCCCUGCGAUCCAUCGGCCUCAAAUGCCUGGAGCACCUCUUCUUCUUCAAGCUAAUAGGCGACACGCCCAUCGACACCUUCUUGAUGGAAAUGCUGGAAGCGCCGCACCAAAUGACUUAAGAGACCUCCGCUGGGUCAGUCCCUCGCCCGGCUCCCUCGGGGGCUUUCCUCUGCUUUCCUCGGCCUCAGCCCGUCCCUCCCUGCUGCCCCCAGCGCCGCAGGCACCGUCUGCUCCGGGGGACCCCCGGCCUCCUCGUCGCCUGCCCCCCCUGUCCGUUCGCUGUCACUGCUGCGUCUCCAGACCUGCUCGCUGGUUCCCUGUGCUACCCGUAGAGAAGUGGGAGCGGAGAGAGCUUUGCCAACCCCCGCCGUGCCAUGAGGUUUGGGAUGAGCCACCACGGGCUGGUGUCACCCCCAGCCCUCCCCUGGGGACAAGGACGGUGCCAGCCCUCGGGGCAGUGGGGUUUGGACAAGCCUGAGGGGGAGUGGUUGGACUCUUGCCAGAUUGCAGCUGGGCUAUUUUCAGAGGAUGGAGUUUUUGAAAAAAGAGAAGAAGAAGACAAAAAAAAAAAAGAAAAAAAAAAGAAAAAAAAUUUCUAUUUUUGGUUUUUAACUAUUCUUAGUAGUCUCGGUAGUUACUCUGCGGAGGGAGAGGCGGUGCCCCCUGAAUGAGUCACCCGUG